GGUCUAUGUCCUCCAUUCCCUGAACUUUUUGACUUUAAUAUUUAGCACUUUAUGUCCUUAUACUCACCUGGGACCAGCACGCAAGUGCCUUCACAAAGGGUGUACAACAGCACCUUUACCUGCUUCGAAGUCUAUGUAGAUUUGGUAUGUCACCUAAAAUUUCGACAAACUUGCAUUGAUACACAGUGGAGAGUAUCCUACCUGGUUGCAUCACAGGCUGGUAUGAAUACACUGAUGCCCAGCAAAGGAAAAGCCUUCAGAAACUGAUGGAUACAGCCCAGUCAGUCACAGGAAAAAGCUCCCUCUGGCUCUGAGCACAUUUACAUAGAAUGCUGCCACAAGAAAGCAGCAUCCAUCAUCGAGGUUCCCUACCAUCCAGGCCAAGCUCUCUUCCCACUACUAUCAUUAGGCAGGAGGUACAGAAGCCUUACGUCCCACAGCACCAGGUUCAAAAGCAAUUAUUACCCUGCAACCAUCUGGCACCUGAAUCUGGCCAACUUCACCUGCCACAUCUCUGAACUGAUUCCACAACCUACAGACUCACUUUUAAUAGUAUUUUUGCAAUUCCAAAGAAUUGAAGAGAGGUAUUUUUAUUUCUGCAGUUUGUCUUCUUUUGCACAUUGUUUGUCAGUGUUUAUGUACCAUUUAUCAUAAAUCCUGUUGUAUUUCUUUAUUUUCCUGCAAAUGCCCACAAGAAAAUGAAUCUUAGGGCCGUAUAUGGUGACAUAUAUGUAUGUUGAUAAUAAAUUUACUUUGAACUUUGACUUGACUUUGAUCACCAUAGCUACUUGUGUUGCCUGGAGAAUUAUUCAAACCCUACACAGGAGGAAGAUAUGAUACAGGUUCUUAAGUUAGAAGUGGGUACUGAAAAUACGUUGGCAUUAAUAAUGUAGUGAAACAACAUAAAAAGGAAUAUUAUUUGUAAAAAUGGAUUCCAAUUCAUGUCAAUGAGGAGGAAUUUCUUUAGCCAGAGGGUAGUGAAUCUGUGGAAUUCAUUCCCACAGAUGCCUGUUUUAGGCCAAGUCAUUGGGUAUAUUUAAAGCAGAGGUUGAUUAGUCAGGUUGGUGAAGGCUAUGGGAGGCGGCCAAACAAAGGGGUAAUUCAUCCAUGAUGGAAUGGCAGAGCAGACUCGAUGGGCCAAGUGGACUAAUUUUGCUCCUAUUUCUUUUGGUAUUAAAUAUAUUGCACUUCCACAAAACAGGUGCAUCAUAUAAAUCCAAUCAUGAGCAUUGCACUCGACACGCCCAGCUUGGUGAGCACUAUUCAAAAUCCCCAUAUUUCCCUGCAGCACCCUCUGGAUUGGAGUACAGUAUUCCCAGAGUGGAUACUGCUGCCUGACAGUGGUCUUUGUGACAAAGAGACAGUCAAGUGAGCUCACUUUAAGUCACUGACAUUUUGGAUGAUGCAAUGUUAUCACUUUUUCAUUCCUCUGCAAGGCAUUUCCAAGGCUUUUAUUAUAUCUCCUACUUUUUUGAGUGUUGAGAUAUACUGUAAAAUUUGCAUCCCUUCGACUCAAAGGAACUAAUAUGCAAGAUUACUCAGAAUCAGAUUAAUAUCACCAGCAUAUGUUGUUACGCAGUAGCAGUACAUUACAAUACCUAAUAAAAAUUGUAAAUUACAAUAAAUACAUAUUUAUAUUUAAGAAGUUAACUUAAAUAAAUAGUGCAAAAAGAGAGAAUAAAUAGUGAGGUAGUGUUCAAUGUCCAUUCAGAAACCUGGCAGCGGAGGGGAAGAAUCUGUUUCUGACUCGUUGUGUGUGCCUUCCGGCUCCUGAACCUCCUUCCUGACGGUAGCAAAUGAGAAGAGGGUAUGUCCUGGGUGGUGGGACGCCACCUCUUUGAGGCACUGCUCCUUGAAUAUGUCCUGGAUGCUGGGGAGGAUGGAGCUGAUGGUGUUCACAACUUCCCGCAGCUUAUUUCGAUCCUGUGCAACGACCCCCCCCCCCCAUGGAAGAAGGUGGGGGCAGAGCCUACAGUACAAUCAUAUUGGGAGAAAGUCAGGAUUUUUGCCGACUGUAUAACGAAGCAGCCCGAAGUUCCGUGACGAAUAAAGAUCAGAAGGGAAUAAGUGUACUCCUUUGUGACAAGCAGACUGAUGGAGGUUUCCUUGUGCAUCAUUUCCUUUCCUUUUAUCUCAAAGGAGGUUGCAAAGUUUGCUUUCUUGGCCUGCUUCAGUCAUUCAGUCAUUACAGUCUUGUUGCCCAAAAGCUGGGAGUUAAUCUGUCUGCAGCCAGAGAGAAGGGACAGCUGGUAUUUUUGGAAGGACUGUGCUCAUCUCUUGACCUAUUGCUUGAUGAUCAACAGGACAGUACUUUGCACAAAUCAUCCCCUCUGCAAUUUCUAAGCUCUCCCAGUGCAAGUCUUCGAUCACUCUACAAGUUCGUCUGUACAUCAGUACAGAAGACCAGUGAAACUGCUUGGAAAUUUCCAGUAUUGAUUAUAGAUGACUUAAGUGUCCUGCUUAGCCUUGGAGUGACCACUAAAGACAUUUUGAAUUUUAUGCAUUACUGUAGAGCCACACUUUGCUCAAAGCUUAAGGGAAACUUAGUGGCAUUGGCGCAUAACACAGAAGAUUUGGAAGAUGAAGAAAAUGAUUUUGUGGUCAAAUCACUGAGUUACCAGUCUCAUCUGAUUCUGCAAGCGGAAGGAUUAGCCACUGGGUACUGCAAGGAUAUCCAUGGUGAGCUGAAGAUUAUUUGGCGCUCCCUUUCACCUGUGAAGACGGAAAAAAAUGUUACAAAAAUUUUUCAGUACAAAAUACAAGACAAAAAUGUUGCCUUUUUUGCCAGAGGAACCUCAUCUGCUGUACUCUAGGAUUUCUUUUGGUUCAUAUAAUUGAGCGAUAUGAAGGACAUUUACUGUUUUGAAAUGGACUUGAUUAUAAUUAUCUGACAACUAAGGAGUCCUUUGACUUACAUUGGUUUAACAACUUUAUUUCAAAAGGCUAUAAAAUAGUAUUCUGCUAUGUGUAUACUGUAUAUUGUUCAUUUAUAAUGACAUGAAACCAUCUACAACAAACCAGCUUAUAGCUAUAGGUACAGGGUAUUUCCCAGUUAAAACUUCAAUGCAAUUGCUUUGUAUCUUGAUUAUUCAUUUCCAAUUGCUGCUUAUAAUAUCCACUCCACUUAGAAGCAGGGCUCAUGGGUUUAAAUUGUGAUCAACAACAAAUUUUUCCCUUGGGUUUUUUAAACCAUCUAUUUUUUUUCUUAUCUCCAGGGAGCAGGAAGCGCAGAAUCAAAUAUCGCUAUGAUGAUUGUAUGUUCUAGUAUCAAUUGUUUGGCGACAAUAAAGUAUAAAGUAUUUUCCUAUAACCCAGUGUUCCCAACCUUUAUUAUGCCACGGACCAAUACCAUUAAGCAAGGGGUCUGUGGACCCCAGGUUGGGAACACCCUGAUGUAAACAUUUUUUUUCUAGAUAAUGUGGUUCCUGGUAUCUUAUGAAAUGUUAAUAAAUAAAGGAACCCCUAACUGCUAAUUUCUUCAGUUGACUAAAUUCUGUAAUGGGGGGUCGGGGGGAGGGAGGACGGAGGGAAUGUCGACUCAGACCAUGAGAGACCUGCGUCGGAUAUUUUCAUGCCUUACGAGGUGCAGAUUGGAAGUCUGUGUGGGGCGCCACUCCUCGCACAGCCUAGAGCAAUGUGUGAUUAAGUGCCUUGCUCAAGGACACAAACACGCUGCCACAGCUGAGGCUCAAACUAGCUACCUUGAGGUCACUAGACGAACGCCAUAACCACUUGGCCACGUGCCCAACAAUCAAGGAAAGACAAAACCCCCAUCAUAGAAAAUUUCUGUAGCACCAGGCAUCCAUUUUGUGUUUAAUGUGUCUGUUAAUAGCAUCUUUGAUGAAGUAAAACUUUUGUAAGUAUACAAAAAUGUGCUUGAAGAUGAGCAAAAAGCAAAAUAUGGCAAAACAAAUGAGUGUUUAGAUGUAGAAAUGUAUAAUGAUGUACAAAGCUGAUAUUUGAUAGGUUUUUACUUUUCACACAUAUUGGGCUAAGUGUGAGCUACAUAGUAAAGUUGAUAUGAUUUCUUAAAGCCUUGACUGAAAUUCAUUGCUCCUUUAACUAUGCACCAGUAGUUUGCUCUAACAGGAUGUUUUAGACCCAACAAGAGAGUGAAAUAAAAUGCAAGACACACAAAAAAUGCUGGUGAACGCAGCAGUCCAGGCAGCAUC